UUUUCGUCUUUUUCCCUGUUCUGCAAGAACAACCCCUUGUGAUUCAGACGAGGAAGCGUGUUUUCUGUGCAAGUUCCGGCUGUAAAUUAAUUCCACUCACAAUGGUGUCUCUCAACCCGGUGCGCAUUCUGAAGCAUGAAGCCGAAGAGGAGAAAGGCGAAAUUGCCCGUCUAUCCUCGUUCGUGGGCGCCAUCGCCAUCGGCGAGCUGGUAAAAAGCACCCUCGGACCGAAGGGCAUGGACAAGAUACUGGUGGCGAACGGCCGGAACGCGGGGCAGAUCGAGGUGACGAACGACGGCGCUACGAUCCUGCGGGCGGUCGGGGUGGACAAUCCGGCCGCGAAGAUUCUCGUCGACAUGUCGCGAGUGCAGGACGACGAGGUCGGCGACGGUACCACCUCGGUCACGGUGUUCGCCGCCGAGCUGAUCCGCGAGGCGGAGAAGCUGGUGGAACAGAAGCUCCACCCACAGACGAUCAUUGCCGGAUGGCGCCAGGCGGCCGACGUGGCCCGCACCGCACUGCAGGGUGCCGCCGCGGACAACUCCGCCAACCAGGAGCGGUUCCGGGAGGAUUUGCUGAACAUUGCCCGCACCACGCUCAGCUCGAAGAUUCUGUCCCAGCACAAGGAACACUUUGCCAAGCUGGCCGUCGAUGCGGUGCUGCGCCUGAAGGGGUCCGGCUCGCUGAGCGCGAUCCAGCGCAUCAAGAAGCUGGGCGGCUGCCUGGAGGAGUCGUUCCUGGACGAGGGCUUCCUGCUGGACAAAAAGCCGGGCGUCCACCAGCCCAAGUCGGUGAAGAACGCCAACAUCCUGAUCGCCAACACGCCGAUGGACACGGACAAGAUCAAGGUGUUCGGUUCGUCGAUCAAGGUCGACUCGAUGUCGAAGAUCGCCGAGCUGGAGGUGGCCGAGAAGGAAAAGAUGAAGGAAAAGGUGGACAAGAUCCUGGCGCAUAACAUCAACGUGUUCAUCAACCGGCAGCUGAUCUACAACUACCCCGAGCAGCUGUUUGCCGAUGCGGGCGUGAUGGCGAUCGAGCAUGCCGACUUCGACGGCAUCGAGCGGCUGGCGCUGGUGACCGGCGGCGAGAUUGUGUCCACCUUCGACAACCCCGACCUGGUGAAGCUGGGCAAGUGCGACCUGAUCGAGCAGGUGAUGAUCGGCGAGGACACGCUGCUGCGCUUCUCGGGCGUGCCGCUCGGCGAGGCCUGCACGGUGGUGAUCCGCGGUGCGACGCAGCAGAUCAUCGACGAGGCGGAACGUUCGCUGCACGAUGCACUGUGCGUGCUGGCGGCGACGGUGAAGGAAUCGCGCGUCGUGUACGGUGGCGGCUGCUCCGAGACGCUGAUGGCGACGGCCGUGUUCAAGCUGGCCGCCGAAACGGCCGGCAAGGAAGCGAUGGCGAUCGAAUCGUUCGGCCGGGCGCUGAUGCAGCUGCCGACGAUUAUCGCCGACAAUGCCGGGUACGAUUCGGCCCAGCUCGUGUCGGAGCUGCGGGCCGGCCAUUCGCAGGGCAAGAGCACGAUGGGGCUGGACAUGAACAACGGCAAGGUGGGCUGCAUGAAGGAGCUCGGCAUCACGGAAUCGUUCGCGGUGAAGCGGCAGGUGCUGAUGUCCGCGGCCGAGGCGGCCGAGAUGAUACUGCGCGUGGACAACAUCCUGAAGAGUGCGCCGCGUCGCCGCGUGCCGGAUCGUGGAUACUGUUAGGAAGGGCAGGCAUAUACCACUUCAUCUCGCCGGAAUCUUGGUGCAUUUUUUUUUCUUUCUUUCCUUCAUUUUGUCGCAUUUUCACAACGAUUGCCGGCACAUCAUUGCUUUACUAACCGCUCUCAUCUGUUUUCGCACACGCGUGUAUCGUAUUAACAACACACAAGCAGUAAGCUCAUCGAUGAGCUUCACCUUUGAUUGCCUUUUACAUUUUACCUCGAAAAAGGGCGAAUAAUUAACACUCACACACUUAUGUCCCUGAGAGGGAACAAUCUGCGCCGUAAGGGGACAAUUGUAACCCCAGCGCAAGAAGAAACGAAUAAACACACUUACCUACCAAACAA